UUUUUCUCUUUUGCUUAUAAUCCGUGCGUGUUGAGGUGGCCUCACAUCAGCCGCCCUUUCUUGGUUUGUUUUAAUUUUAUUAUCGCCAGCAGCGAUACCAACCCAACCAUACAUACUCAUGGUGGUAAAGCGAUAUGAGAUGUCCCCGCGAAUACAAGAUACUCCUUCAUCUGAUAUUCCCCAACGAAUGAGACAAAAUAUACGUAACCACGCCUAUACAUUUGAACAUGCUCUACAACAACAGGUAGAAGAUCCUGAACAACCUGCUUCACCGCCGUCAACGCAUACGUCUGCCUACUUUACUUGGCUGGUAUUUCUAUUAGAAAAGUGGAUCCCAUUUGACGCUGCCAACCAACGAAAAGUGGAACAAACUCUCAACCUGGGCGGCACGUUUGUCGACAUACAAGACUCUCAUUUCCCGGCUGUAAAGCGAGUGAGAGUGUUUCCCAAGAGCAAUUAUCUCAGCUACCUCGGAGUAAAAUACCGACUAAGUCGCAUCAUCGAAACCGAUCCUGGUAUGGACCACCAGGAAUUAAAAGACGAGGAGGAUGAAAGUGAGGAUGAAGAAGUGAAUGGAUCCAACCGACGAAGGGGAUGAUCUUGCGUUAUGAUUCAGGAACCCUUUUCCCAACUGUACAAAAAUCAAAUGGCCCACCAAAAGACAACGGAGGACAGUCACCGCCCUAUUGUCAAAGCUGGUAAAAAAAGACUCACAGAGAGAAAACAGAAGAAUGUCCCACCGAUCCUGUGUGUGUUUACAAAUAACUAUUAUUUCCCAUCCCAAAUUUUUCCUUUACCUUCGGCUCCAUAGUUCUUUUCAUUUCCAAAGACUUCUUGUAAAUGUAUUUCCCUCUUAUGCUUUAUAGAAACAAAGUAAACUCUCCACCAUUAAAUUCUAAAAAUAAUCGGACAUGGUAGAACA